AUGACAAGCCCAAUGCCCGUCGACAACAACGAGGAGACCGGCAUGACCUACCUCCAGCACGGGUGGCAAAAGUGCAAGGAACAGCCCAUGGUCCCAAUAGGCGUGGCGGCUACGACGUUUGCCCUUCUUGGCGCAACGACCAGUCUGCGUAGUGGAAACCGGAAACAGUUCCAGCACUUCCUGAGGCUGCGUGUAGCCGCACAGGGCGUUACGAUCGUCGCGAUGGUCGUUGGCGCGUACAUGAUCAGCAACAAGGCCGAGGAGGCCAAGAAGAACCGCGAGCGCGCUCUGACUGGCCAACUCCCCCCCGAAGCGGGAGCGCGCGCCGCAGAACCCGCCGUCGUCACCGCCAUCAAAGAACGCCGGCCAGAGGACACGGACGCGGCCUACGACCACCUCUACCCUAGCCGCCAGAAGACCAAGGUGUCCGACUUUACGCGCCGUCUCCGCGCUGCUGAGGAGCAGCAUGCGGCCGACAUGGACAUGUCCACCACUGAGGCUAUGGCGCGUGCACGUGAGGAUUCGGCAGCUGUUGCGGCCGCGGCGGAGCGGGCUAAGAAGUAA